CGAUAUCAUCAUCAUGAGAUCAUGAGCUCAUGAGCAGGUGCGGCAGUUCAGCACAGCAACAAGCAGCAAGAGUGAAGAUCAUCGUCAGUACUGGGAAGCUUCAGUGUCUUCUACAAAUUAAGCAAAGACGUUACAAAGCCACACGACUGUAACGAUAACUAUGAGCGAGAUGGAAACCAAGAUAGCAGAGCUCAAGGCCAAGAUGCCAGCGACCGAUAUCGACGACGGCACACUACGACACAUGCUCGAACAAGCGGAUGGAAACGUCGAGCAAGCUCUUCGACAGAUCAGGCAGAUGACGGGCGAUGAGGAGCUAGAGGACACGGGGUACAAGCUGGACGCUGGGUCGAACGAUGCCAAGACGGAAGCUCUGGCAGCUAAUCGAGCGGGCUCGAUCACCCCGACCUUGUCCACUCACAUCACAUCUCCUCCGACAGCCGCUCCCACUGCGCUGCCACCUGCCACGACCGCUCCAGCGCCACCGGUAUCGGCCGAGACGAACGUCGACCCCCAACUCGCUGAACUCAAGGCCAUGUUCCCUACGGUCGAACCUGUCGUCAUCGAGGCCGUCCUAGAGACGCAUGCCGGUAGCUCUCCAGACGAGAGGUUCGAGAAAGCUCUCGGAGACUUGUUGCAGCUCACGGAUCCUGAUUACAAGCCUGACCCCGCCACCACGGCUCCCCGGACCACUCAUCCUCAAACCAACCUGGACGAAGAGUUUGCUCGUUCCUUACAGAUCGCAGAAGAACGUCAGGCGCAAGUCCAAGCUCGUGCUCAGCGGGAGACGGGUUCCAGCCUCUCUUCCGAUGGCGCUUCGAGGGGUACCCGCCGGAACGAUAACCCGUUCGGGGACGACCAGCAGCAGCAUCAUGUCAGCGGGGGAAGCACGACGGGAUAUGAUUCCUACGGUCGGCCGUUGCAGCAGCAGGAUUACAAUUACCGGGGUGGAUCUGCCUCGGGGAGAACGGGGGGAAUGUGGGGGGAUGAACAGGGGGGUCAAGCGGCUGGUGGGGGUGGUCCGCUAGGACCAGCGAUCGAGGAAAAGAUUGGGAAAUACGCAGAAGUCGGCAAACAGAAAUUCGACUUGUUCCUGAAUACCGCUCGGACCAAAGUCAACGAAUUCGAACAGCUCCAGACUCAACGACAGGCGACGGGCAUGCAACCCGCUGGGAUCACGAGCACCUUGGGUGGGAUCUUCAACGAUGCCAAGGCGGUCGCUACCGGUCGACGCGAUGGUAGCCAGGGACCAGGAGGACAGGGGCAAGGUCAAGGGUUGGCAGCGCUCGGAGCUGGGGUGGGGUCGGCCCUAUCAGGCCUGUCAGGGUUGUUCGGAGGCAGGGGAGCGGGUCAGGCUGAACAGGGAGGACAGGGUGGGGCGGGAUCGUCCUGGGGAUCCAACGCCCAGCCUCGAUCGAUGGGCGGUGGCGGAGGGGCGUUCAACAGCCGAUCAGGUGCGGGAGGUCAGACGUCACAGCAAUAUCAGAAUGCUGGACGGAGAUGGCAGCCUACGGACAUUUACGAUGAUCUGGACGAACCCGCCAAUCAGCAUCAGAGCAGGACGAUCAAGGUGUAUCAACCCGGAUCUUCGGCGUCCUCGGCCUCGUCGAUCCCUUCCACGUCGGACGACUUUUUGGAGGACAACACACCCAAGCCAGAAUCUGAUCUCAAUAAGAGGUUCGGCGCAGGGUCAGCUGGAGUGGGGGGAGCUGGGGGUAGUGGGUCUGGUGGAUUAGGUGGAGAGGAGAAACCUGCCGCUCAGAAGAUCGACCUCGCCAAGAUCGGGAUGCUACCCAAACGACAAGUCUCGCUCCUGGGCACUUCUCCUUCGGCGACGACCGAAUCGGUGCACAAACAGAUCCAGCCCGCCAGUACGGACAAGCGAGACGCCAAGGAUGAUUUGGAUGGAGAGGAAGAGUAUACCAAGAGUCCAUUCGAAAACUGAGCGGUUCUGUUGGUUAGUAGAAUUUGAAUAAACACGACUCCUCUUGUUAGCGUCAAGACGCAUGUAAGCAUACAAAGAAUAGGGGAAUGUAUCGUGCUUGUUGUAAGGAUUCGGUGACGGUAGAUGUGUCGAUCGAUAUACCAAAUGUCUAGUAGCUGGUAGCUGGUAGCUGGU